AUGGCGGCCACAGCCAACGGGGCGCCUGCCGCCAAUGGCACAGAUAGUGGUCCCGGCGACUUCAAACUCAAGUUCUGCACCGUCUGUGCCAGUAACCAGAACCGAUCCAUGGAAGCCCAUCUACGACUAUCCCAAGCCAACUAUCCUGUCAUCUCUUUCGGUACGGGCUCGCUUGUGCGUCUUCCUGGACCGACCAUUACCCAGCCCAACGUCUAUCAGUUCAACAAGACGUCGUACGAUAGCAUGUACAAGGAACUCGAAUCCAAGGACUCCAGAUUGUAUAAGAACAACGGAAUCCUAAAUAUGCUCUCGAGAAAUCGCGGGGUGAAGUGGGGACCAGAGCGCUGGCAGGAUUGGGCCAUUGGCGUUCCUCGUCUCAAGCACACAACCGACCGGGGCAGCGAAGGCAGUGAAGGCGGCGUAGUUGAUGUUGUCUUCACUUGCGAGGAGCGCUGCUGGGACGCCGUCGUAGAUGACCUCAUGAACAGAGGCUCGCCACUGAACCGACCAGUUCAUGUCAUCAAUGUCGAAAUUAAAGAUAACCAUGAAGAGGCGCACAUUGGCGGCCAGGGCAUUUUGGAUCUUGCCAACUCGCUUAAUGCAGCCGCCAGGGAGGAGUGCGAAGCUGUUGGAACCAGCGCCUUCGACUUGGGCGGUGCCGCGAGCCGUGCCGCAUUUGACGAGCGCGUACCGGAUAUUCUUGCCGCUUGGCAAGAGAGAUGGCCAAAUCUGCCAUGUACCUGGACACUGGCCUGGUUCUAG